AAGCUCUCGUGGCCACAGCAGAAGACGACGUCCCGGACGCAACGCUCGAGAAGAUCCCACAGCCGAUCGAGGUCUCGCCGCUCGAGAUCAGCGAGUGGCUCCAGAAGACGUAGAAGAAGAUCGAGGAGAUCGCGCUCACGAUCUGGAAGAAGCCGUAGCCGAUCCCACAGAAGGUCCUCG